GUGCACAUGGAUUCUUCAAAAUACAGUAGUUUAGUUAUUUUUUGUCGUAGGCUGUGAAAAGUUUUAGUGAAAAAAUAAGAAUUUCAGUACAAACGGUCAACUGGAAAUUUCCAUAUAAGCCAAAUAUUUAUAAACAAAAUUGUGCACUUGCUAUUAGUUAUAUUGUAGUUUUGCCUCCAUUUACAUUUACUUGGCGCAAUUUUCAUGCUGGCAAUGUAAUCACACCGAGCUGACGACAAGUGCUAGUGACCUAGAUUUUGGGAGUCCUGCGCUUAAGAGAAACGCCACACCACCGCCACCGCAAUCCUGCUCCGUUCGCCUGUGCCUGUGCCUAUUAAUCCAUCCUGCAGCAACAAAGUAAAGGUCACAUAUCGCGAGGCAAGCGUUUUUUUGGGUUAGCGGAGUCAGAGAUCACAACGAGCUUAGUAUCCCCACUAUUUAUGACUGGGUAACCAGGAUCUGACAUGCGUAACAACAGCGGCUACAAUAUCCCUGCCAGCAACAGUCUGAACAACAAUGGAGCUUCAGCCACCCGUUACUCCAAUGCGGACAAUACGUUUUGCUACUAUAACUACGAUAACUUCAACGUGAUCUCUCCCUCGUGGAGCAGUCGUUCGAACCAAAACCAAAAUCAAGUACCCAACCAGAACCACAAUCUGCCGUCAAAGAGAAUUCCCACCAAACAAACAUCCAGAUCAACCUACCAUCAAUCGGCGGCCAAUUCGGCGCCAGAUUCGUCCUUGUAUGCCGAUGCAUUUGGACAGCAUUCACUGGUCAACCAGCGAAUAGCUGGAAACAAGAGCUGCGAGUACGUCUAUCAAACAGUUCGGCGAGCGGAGGAUCAGCAUUCCAAUAGGCAGUAUAAGCUGACAAGGCCCUAUGUCGCUGACAAGGAGCAACAACAGAUGUUGCUGCAGCCAUCCAUCGUUUACUUCGAUCCGGAGCUAAAGAAACGGAAAGCCCGUGGGGGACGUGUGUCCGCCGAUUAUCUGGACAAUAGUCCGGACCGAUAUCGGGCCCUCGAUUCCCCAUCGCCAGAGCCGACCUGGGAUAACAUACUCUCAGAGCGACCGGUGCAGUAUCAGACGACAAACCAGCACUAUCAGCACUAUUUUUCGUACUUUUACAAUCGUGGAGAGGAGAAACUGUCCAAGCCAGCGUUUGCCGUUGCCAAUAGCCGCAAACUGCCAAUGAGUAAAUUCCAAAAACCCAGCCCCCUUCGCAGAGAAUCGCGAGAUGUUGAGGAGAGGAGUUGGCAGAGUCCUAAAUAUGAAAAUCACGUGCUAAAAGAGAAGCUACCAAGCAAUGAUGUAGAAGCUGAUUACCUCGACAAUGACUGGGUAGACCCAGGAAGCGGCGGGGAAUACAGGGAUAUAAAAGAAGCCUAUGAUCCCGUUAUUGUUAUUGAUAACGGACUAGAACAAAUCCAUAGGCGCUAUUGCAGAAUGACCGAGAAUGCGGCACUAGAUGUUUCUGGUGACGCUCUAGUCAAUAACAACAAUAAUGAAUUAAAGGUGAUGCGUAAGCCGGCGGAUCAGACCGUCCCCCGGUUGCCUAUGACACCAAAGAGGGUCAAAGGUGGCGCCGUGUCUGUCAAAAAGCCAAUGCCCACAGUUCACCGGGUGCUAUUGUAUAGCACCCAAAGUCCACGAAUGGGUCGCAAGCAACAGUUAAGCAACCAGAGACUUAAUAUGAAGCACCAAAAUGCCAAGACACAGGGAGGCGGCGACGAGGGACAAACGAUUAUAUUGCUGGAGCAGGAACAAAAACUAGAAGACCAUCGCAGUGCCAUAGACUUUGAUCGUAAUGAUGACUUCGAUGAAGAUGAUGACCUGGACAAUAUUUCGAACUUUGAUGAAAGCGAUACGGCCAGCGUUCUAUCAGACACAGAAGACGGUUAUCGAGCCCAUGCUUAUAAACUAACACACUCUGGGGAUCGAUUUCCCUCACCCCAAAGUACGCCGAGCUUUUUGUCUUCUCAGACUUCUGAGGAUGAUCUAAAAAAUCCGGAUUCCCUCCUGGUUCCCAGCUUGUUUCCGUACGUGCCACCCUAUUUGUCCUUCUCAUCAAACACAAAAAAGGGUCCUAGGGUACCGCCGGAUCUUCAUCGGGUGCUCAAGUGGCGCAUCACUAAUAUAAUGCCAAAGGUUGUUCGCCUGAUUCUCGCCAACAGUGGGAUGCGAAUGUUGAAGAAAACCAACGAUUGGAUGGGUGUGUGGGGCAAGCACUUAAAGUCGCCGUGUUUUAAAGCUAUUCGGUCAUAUCAAAAAAUAAAUCACUUGCCCGGUUCAUUUCGUAUCGGUCGAAAAGACUCUUGCUGGAAGAAUUUGCAAAGGCAAAUGGGUAAGCACAGCAACAAGGAAUUCGGAUUCAUGCCACGCACCUAUAUUAUUCCCAAUGAUCUGGGUGCGUUGCGCAGGCAUUGGCCAAAGUAUGCCCAGAGAAAUACGAAAUGGAUUAUAAAGCCGCCAGCCAGUGCUCGGGGUGCUGGCAUCAGGGUUAUUAACCGAUGGGGUCAGAUACCCAAGCGUAGGCCACUUAUUGUACAAAAGUAUAUUGAACGUCCACUUCUUAUCAAUGGAAGUAAAUUUGACUUGCGUCUUUACGUCCUGGUUACAUCUGUAAAUCCCUUGAGAGUUUUCAUGUACCACAACGGAUUGGCUCGAUUUGCUUCUGUGAAGUACAGUGCUAAGACGGAUACUCUGAAUGAUCGGUGUAUGCACUUGACAAACUACAGCAUUAAUAAGUUUUCAUCCAACUAUUCCAAAAACGAAGAUGUCAAUGCCUGUCACGGGCAUAAGUGGACGAUAAAGUCCCUUUGGACGUAUUUAGCGAACCGCGGAAUACGAACGGACUGUUUGUGGGAGGCUCUUAGAAGUUUAGUCCUUCGAACUAUUCUCGCUGGCGAGAAUGGAAUUAAUAGUAUGAUUAGAGCAAAUGUCGAGUCAAAAUACAGCUGCUUCGAGCUGUUUGGUUUUGAUGUGAUUUUGGAUUCCGACUUGGUUCCUUGGCUUUUAGAAGUAAAUAUAUCUCCCAGCUUACAUUCGGAACUGCCACUAGAUGCUCAUGUCAAGGCGCCUUUAGUGCAGGGCGUUCUUAAUACAGCGCUGUACAAUGUACCUCCAAAACUAUCCUUGGAUAAGCAAAAAGAACUGGCUGCAGAAUUUUCUUUUCCUCCUGGCACACAAAUGUGCUACGACAAACGACUUUAUAUUAACUAUUUAUCUCGCGAAGAAAAGGUCAAACACAACACCUUCACUAGAAAGUCUAUGGAAGACAGGAAUGAGUAUGUAGAUGCGAUCCUAAAUAAUCUUACUCCCGAUGAUGUAAGGUGCCUUAUCAUAGCCGAGGAUGAACUGGCACGAUGUGCACCCUUGGAGCGCAUUUUUCCAACUGAUCAAACCCAUAAGUACCUUAAAUACAAUGACAGUCCGCGGUACUACAAUCGCCUUUUGGAUGCCUGGGAAUCGCGCUACGCUAACAAUCGCACGGAAGGCAUUGCGUUGUUGCGCGACUUUUGUCAAAACAAAUAUCAUCUUCAAGUCCCAACACCUCCAGCCAAAAAGUAUAUUGAAGGUGAUCACACUGCAUACUCCUUACACCUGAGUCCAGAACACGAAUUCCUUCCAACGUCAGGAUUACUUCAUCAAGUUUAUGAGAUGGAUUUUAAAGUGACAGUCGCUGCCAUCGUAUUAUUGGUAGUCGUUAUUGUUAUUGUUAGUGCAAUUACCUUAGUCCUAAUAACAUAUGUAUAUAUUUGAUAUUUAAUAUUAAUUAAUUCAGAUGUAUUUGUAAAUAGGUUAUUCCAAUAUUAAAAUCAAAAUGUACUGUGUUGGGAUAUUACCAAAAUUACAUAAUUCGUAACUAAAUUGUGAUCUUGUUUUUUAUAAUAGAUUGGAUUAGUGUUAAUGCUAAAAGUGAACAUAUAUUAUAUAACUUCUAGAAAUCGAUAAAUACGUUGUAAUUGAUUACAUUUAGUAAACUGCCAAUCAUUUAAAAACCCAUUAAAUGAGGUGUUUACAGCAACAUUGAAAAGUCUAAUAAAUUCACGAUUUACAUUAAGGAGUAAACCUAAAUAUCUGUUGUAUUAAUUAAAUUAUUAAAUUUUAAUUAUCUUUAAGGCUUUACACAACACACAUACAUACAAAAUAAAAACUCGUAUACUCUUGCAAUGAGUACGGUAGAAGGUUGCAAAAUAAUUAAGGAGACUUUUCUACUCUUUUAAAUAAAGGAGUAAAGUUAGUAGGGUUUUUCCAUAUGGUGAUUAGCUUUAAAACCUAAAUGAUACAGAUACAACUUGAAAAUACCUUAACUGACAAAACAUAUUGUUCGAACGGCGUUAAACUAACAUAGAAAAAAUAUAAAUGUGAAAAUAAUUAGGGAUCAAAAUUGGUUUAAAAUUCGUCGUCAGUUUCAGAUAAAAUUAAUGGUAAAUAGAUUACAUCUAGGUUGCAAAUUGUAAACAAUAACUGUUAAUUGUAUUGUUUUUUAAAAAAUCAUUUAUUUAAUAUAUAUCAAGGGUAAGUAAUCGCCUGCCAUGUUGAAAAUCCUUAAAUGUGGUAUUACUUUUAUCAUAAUAUUUUUCUUUUUAAAACAAAAAUGUGAUACAGAUUUAUGAUGCAUAUUCAGAUAAAUUACCAUAAAACACGUUUUCAUUUUAAAGCAAAAAACGUAGUAGAUAGUAGAUUGUUAUUACGUAGAGAAAAACCUAUUUUUUAUUCAUCAGUUUUAAGUUUUUAAUUCAUUGCUAAACCAGAACUAUACAUAAACUACUUAAACCUUUGUAUAGGAUAUUAUGUUAUUGUUUUAUAUCAAAUAUAUAUAAUAUAUGGAUAUAUAAAACUAUUUUCCUUUUGAUUUAUAUUUAUAAUAACUUAGUGAUCUCGUAACAUUUUGAAUCUUUCUUACCCCUGUACAAGUCCUGCAUGCAUGAACUAUAUGCACUAGGCAAAAUUUCCAUUUAUUUAUAAGAUUGGGUAUUAAUACUUAGAUGUUGCUGCAUAUAGUUGUUUUUAAAGCUUCGGAAAUCCGAUAGUAAAUUGUAUUCGUUUUUCAUACUUAAAAUUACUAUUUUAAACUGUUCAAAAUUCAAACUUAACAUUUUCUAUACAUUUAGGACUUGAACGAUGAG